CCUCUCUCUCUCAUUCGGCACUCACUUACUGCGCAGUAAUGGUCUGCAUGAGAGGGACCAAGACUGUACCAGGAGCUGGAGCAGGGAAGUAUUCAUGAUGGGAGAAUAGGAGGGGGGCCUGUGCCACUGGAUGCUGAUAGCAACUAAAGCAUCUUCAAUGUGAACCACGAUGAGCAAAGACAAAUUUAGGAAGGCCUUUGCACUUCGCAUCUGCCUCAUCUUCACCACGCUCCUCAUCGCUGUCCAGAUCUACAUGGAGUUUAGUAGCCCCCAGUCUUCUUCCUUCCUUGGUAGACAGCCCAAUCCUGACAGCCACGAUGUCCCUGACCUGAGUGGAGACCAGGGCAGGAGAAGAUCUGAAGGAAGAGGUGCAGACCAGACAGACUUGAGCAGAGACAUGGUUAUUAAAAGGCAGGUGUCAUUUGUGAGGAGAAUGAAGAGGGACCCGGUAGCCAUGGCAGCAGUGGGAGGCACAGAGAGCCCAGGGAAGCUGGCAGACUGUUGUCCUCUCCAGCACCAGUACAGAAAGUCCCAGCGAUGGCACAUUGACUUGCAGCCUUGGGCCAGUCCGAAUCAUUCCUUGAAGGAUGAAGCAAAGCGGUUCCUGGAUUAUAUCACUAGUCCUCAGAUUUCCUGUGGAAAUGCACUGGAGAAAGGAGUGAUUAAUAACCCCUGGAUCACAGGGUCAUCCUGGCUGGCCUGCCUGGAUGGGAGAUACAGCCUGGCUCAGCAAAUUAAGAGGAAACAAUGCCGAGUGUAUUCCCUGGGGCUGGGGAGUGAGGACAAGCAGUUGGAAGUGAGCUUGGCCAAGGCAGGCUGUGAGGUCCACUGCUUCAACCCCAGUAUCAAAGUGCCACACGUUCAGGAGGCCAAGCAGCUCUGGCACCACCGACUGUCCAUCGACUGGAGGGACCCCAACCCUGCCAUCCCGCCAAACAAACAGCACAGCAACACCAAAAAGCUGGGCGCCAUCUUGAACGACUUCGGUCACAGAAAGAUCGACGUUCUCAAAGCCGACAUGGAGAGCGCGGAGUGGAAGAUCCUAGAGAACCUGGUUCUGGAGAAUGUCAUCGAUAAGAUCGGGCAGCUACUGUUUGAGGUGCAUCUGCACUGGCCGGGGUUCGAGGUGAGUGGGGAUGACAGCACGGUCGUGCGGUACUGGUACAGCCUCUUGAAGGAGCUGGAGAGCAGCCACUUCCGCCUCUUCCACAGCCACAGGGAUGACAGCAAACCGCAAGUGUUCCUGCAGAAGAACCUCCUCAACGCCAGCAGCAGCUACACCCUCAGCUGGGUGAACACCAAGUGGAGGCAUAAGUAAGCGUGCAGUCAGAUUGUCCAGGGUGGACAAAGGGGUGGUUGAACCUAGCUUCCAAUAAGACAGGAAAGGGAGCCAAUUUCACUUCUUCUUGUGACUCAUUGUUGCAGCAGGAGUGUAUUGGGGAGAAUUUUCUUUUAGGAAGAGCCCCUUGUGUCUAUCAAUAAAAUUCAAGCAAGGAAAAAGCCUUGAAGUCACAUUAACUCACUUAAUGAGAAGCAGAUUGCAGCCUCGACCAAGCUUCCCGUUUUGCUGUUUCUCUGCAACAGCCUUCCUUUGAAGUUACCUUACAUCGUUUUCAGUGACGCCAAUAGGCAGCAAAUGUUGCGGAUGCCUAUUCAGCCUGGCAUCAGAAUUCACGUGACUAGUUAAAUCGUGCUUCACAUCCAGCUCAGCAUAUGUGGUGCAAGCAGCACAGUUCUCUUGAUGAAGUCAUUCUUAAAAAAGAAACCUGCUUGCAAUAAUGCGAUGUGGCAGGGGGGCAUUAGUUUGAAGUAAUGCAUCUCAUCUGCAGAGUCUGUGGAGCAAGUCCAGAAAACACAGCACAUUACCCCUGCUUCUGAGGGAGGGUAAUCUGGAAGACAUUAGGAUACUGACUCAAUUUUAAUCUAAAGUACAGUAUACUUCAAACUGCCACUGGAGGGGAACUUGGAGAUGCCACACAGGCUAUACAUUUCAGGAAAGCAAACACUAUAAAAGAGUUGUCAAAUGAGUAAUUGAUUAUAAGCAGCAGUAUUUGGUCAGUUCUGUGUAGUGAAAGUUUGAAUGCCAACAGAAUGCAGGGCACACAUGAGCAGUAUGUACUGUGACUCGCUUUGCUACAAUAUUGUAGAACACAAUAGACCACACAGCAGGCUAUGUACUCGAAUACAAUGUGCAGUUAAUGGCCCCAAAAGUUUUGCAUCACAUAGAAUUUUAUGAUUUAGACUACAUUUUUUUUUUUUUUUUAAGGUAUAUGAACAUUUAGAUAUUUUAUUUAACAUCAUUUAAUCAAACUACAAAAUGUUAAAUCGCAAGUCAUAAGUCACCAGAAGGCAUAAUAGUGUCACAAUUUUUGCUUUUCGUUAAGUAUAUAGAAAACUACAAAGCUGUAUUUAAUUCAAUGUGUUAGUGUGACAUUAUUCAGCAUGUUUUAUUCAACGUUAUGAUGCAAAACUUUUGGCAAGAGCUGUGCACAGGCUCACCCAAAAGCCAUAAAAGGGGUUGCCAAUACAUUCAAAGCAAAUAACCCUCUUUACCCUUUUACUGCUUGUACACUAAGCCCAUUCACUACCAGGUCAGCUGUUUAACUAGGAUUGAAAUCAACCUUCCUUCAGACUCAGUCACUGAGUUUCACAACUAACUGUUCCAGUGCAAUCUUAUUACGCAGCACAGGCAUUAAAUGCAAAAACGUAUGAUUAUUAUUUUUCAAUAAAAUAUUAAUACCA